AUGCUUCGCCAAGAUUAUACUCCAUACUCAUUUUUUGACUCCAAUACUUCAUCAAAUUAUGGUAUUAUGAUACUUAAUCAUUCAUUGACUAGUGUUCGAAAUUUAUUAAGAAAAGAACUGUGGGAAAAAGCGAAUGUACGUGCUUGCGCUGAUGGUGGUUCAAAUGUACUUAAAACUUAUUCCGAUGAAAUACAUGACAAUUUUAUGCCAGAUUAUAUUAGCGGUGAUUUCGAUUCUAUUAAUGAAGCUACCUAUAAAUAUUAUAAAACAAUACCAACUGUUGAGCUUAUUAAAACUCCCGAUCAAAAUGCAACUGAUUUUACUAAAUGCGUUCGUGUUAUGUUAGAGAAAAAGUCGACUUUAAAUGAUCUUCUCGUAUUCUGUUCGUUGGGUGGCCGAUUUGAUCAUACUAUAGGUAUUAUACAUUCGCUCUAUAUACUCAAUAAUCAUUAUCCUAAUUUACAAAUAUAUUUAAUUGCCGAUUGUGAUAUCACUUUUUUAUUACAUGCAAAUAAACUUAAUAGAAUUCAUAUUCAAUCAAUAUAUAAUGGUAAUACAUGUAGUUUGUCGCCGAUCAGUCAAUCAGCACAUGUCGAUACUGAAGGACUACGAUGGAAUUUAUGCAAAACUCAAGAAUUAAGUUUUACUAAACUUGUUAGUUCAUCGAACACAUAUGAAACGAAAACAACAUCGCAUGUUGACGUUCAGACUGAUAAUGACAUUAUUUGGACAAUGACAUACAUAUGUAAUAAGAAAUAA